GAAAGACAAUGAAUAUGGAGCUUUUUGAGGUGCAAACAAAUGUCUACUGUUGUGGGCAUGUUUCAAACUCCUCUCUUCUUCUACAUCUUCUUUCUUUACGAGCUUGUUUGAUCUCCUGAAAAUUCUGAUACUUGGGUUUGUCUUCUUCUACUUGUCCAUUUUGGAUAAUGUAUUAAGUUUUCUGAAUCAAAGAGAAGAAAUCUUGAAGCUGACUUCUCCACUUCCAUGCCUGUUUGGUUAAUUGGGAAAAAGGUGUAGGAAUAAAGGAGAAAGUUUGCGCAUUUUCCUUUCCUUUCCUUUCCCGUCGACCAAACUGAGUCCUUUUGGUGCAAUUUGAUGGGGUUAAGUCUUUCAUGAGCUAACACUAAAUGGGUCGGCUUUAAAUCUUUAAUUUUGAUUACUGAUUUGCUUAAACCGCUGUUGCAUCGGAUCUUUGACUCUAUCCAUUUCUCAGAGUUACCAAUUCUUUUAUCUUGCUGGGGGCUAACAGGCUCCUAGGAUGGGGUGUGUCUAGCAAAUUUUCAACGAUUUUUUCGAUGUUCUGAAGCUUGUUCCUUGUGGGGAAGAUCUGAUAAGGCGGUUGAUCAAACUUAAAGAGCAUUAUGGUUGGUGAGGGUGGUGGUAGCUCCAUCAGGGUGGGCACAACCGGGAAGAUCAGUGUUCUGAUGACAAGGGAACUGGAAUCCACAAGAUGUGAAUCAUCAGAGACACCAGUGUCUUGUAGAAGAAAAUGCCAAACUGGCCCUGUCUCGGUUUCUUGUGGCACUUAUGCAAGAAGACAACACCGAAGAACUACGGGCAAUGGCAAGAGUUCUGGUGGCAGUCCAAGGAGUUCCAGUCAGGGCAGCCAUGGAAGCGCCCACAGAAAAACUUGCAACUCUAGACUGCCAGCCUGUCGCGUUCCUAUUCUCAGCUCUGAUGAGGUUUCUUUUGAUAGAACUCCUGAUAGAAACUGGCCUGGUAAGAAAGGCUCUUGUGUCGUUGAAAUUGUGGACCUCAACUGUGGGAAUCCUGAAAGAGGUUGGUCUAGCCCCAUGGCCAACCGGCUCAAGAAGCUUGGUUUCUCAAGGCUCUCUCAGACCAUAAACUAAUCCUGCAGCUUGGCCUCAUCAAGUUGAAUCCCAUUCAGCUGGCUACAACCCACUGCUUUGUUUACAGAGCCCCCUUUCUUCUUUGUUUCUUGGGGGUUAUCGAUUAUGCCUUUGUUUGAGGGAAACCGAGGGAUGAUGUGCAGGCUGUGCAGCCUUCAUAGGGCAUGUUUUAUAUGAUUUGAGAUAGGUUCUGAGCUUGGCUUCAGAGUAUUGGUUUUGAUGUCUUGUCUUAAGUGGGAGAAGGAUUCAAUCUGUUACAUUUAUGAUUUAGUCUUAUACCUCUGUUUCAAUGGAGGAUGAGAUAAUUGAGUUCAUGUUUCUUAAUCAAAACUUGCAAGUUGAAAGCAUUAUACUUUCUUUAA